GGCUUGAGAUAGCAUUGACGCAGCGAGAAAGACUGGGUGUUGAAGACUGUUCGGGGGACAAGAGAAGGGGGUUUGUAACGGGUGGUGCUACUCGAGAUGGGAAACUCGGCAUCUCAGGGCGCCAAGCGCGCAUAUCCGCAGGCCCAGGCGGCGGCCAAGCAAGCUGCAGAGGUGCUGCAGCAGGCACCAAAGCAGGCAGCUCAGCGAAGCCAGCCGGCAACAACGGCCGGUGCUCGCAAGACUCAAGAGCAGUCACUUCCUGAGAAUAUGGCUGCUCAAGCAGCACGUGAAGAAGAGAAGCAUUGCCGGACGGCGGUCCCACAGCCUGGAGAAGUGGAAGACUCCACCACGUUCCUGGAGACGGUCAAGCAAAUCUACGUGGCUUCCCAGGAUGUUCAAUCAAAUCUACCUGCCGACGAGCUUGCGCAGCAAGCCGUGGCGCACCGCACCAAGCCUACUGACCGCCAGCUGGACCGCGCCCGUGAGCGCCUUCCCGCUUCUGAGCGUGCCGAUGACGUUGUCGAGGGUCGUCUCAACUUUCAACAACUGCAAAACGUUUUGCGCCUCGAUCUCGCCACCCGCCCGAGCUCCGACCUGACCAAGGUGGCUCAGAAUCUCAAGGUCUCAGAAGACGACAUUCGGCGCAUCGUCUAUUACUACCGGCUCCCAGUCCGCCCACAACAGCAAGAGGCCUAGCCGUGCAGCCCACAGCCGUGCAGCUCACGACCACCCAAAACUCCCGUAGCACCGAGCGAAGCGAAGGUCGAAGCAACGCCAUGUCUUUUAUGCUCCGCACUCUUGUUCACAGUGACCCCACCCUGCCCCGUGCCCAUGAUCACAGCUCGAUUAACCUUGUCCGAGACAAGCGUCAACUUGUUGGUGUGCGACCUUCUGAUGUCUCCGCAGACGUCGGCACAUGCAGAUCCGAUAGAAAAUCGAGUUGACUUGCUUG